UCAGUCUUGCAGGAACGGUUCUGCUCCUCUUCACUACGGUUCUCAUAUAUCGGCUCCAUUGUUCAUUGGCACAAUUCUGCUCCUCAGCCUGUUCUCAUAUCAGCCCCAUUGUUCGUAAUUGCACUGAUGAUGCUAAGAAUCUGGCUCCAUUUGCCUAUUGCUUAACAUUUGGAGAUAUUUUUUUUUUGUGUAAAGUCAGGCAUUUUAGAAGAAUGAAGAAACAUGAUGCAGCUACUUGGUCUAAACUUCCGGAGAAAAUCCUUGAGAUUAUUGUUUGGAGGCUUCCUUGUUUCCUUGAUCAUGUCCGAUUUGGUGCAGUAUGCCAGUUAUGGCAAUCCACUAUAGUGAACAUGCACCACCAUUUAACUUCCUGGGAUCCAUGGUUGCUUCUUCCUGAGAGGGAAGACAAUUGCAUGAUCCGUGGCUUCUACAAAUUUUCUAAGAGAAGCGUUUUUGAAGUUAAAGCUGCCUGAAGCUCAUGCAAAACGUUGCAUCGGAUCUUCUAAAGGCUGGCUUGUAAUGUUAAAUGAAAUCUUAUCGAUCUACCUUUUCAAUCCAUGUACCAAAGUCCAAGAUCGGCUUCCAAAUCAAAUGACAUUCCAGGAUCACGACAAUUUUGCAAAGCGUUUCACUUGGGUUGAAAUGCAUGACAACUUCAUUCUAAAAGUUGUGUUAUCAUCCAGCCCUUCAAACUCUGACUUCAUUGCUAUGGCCAUCUAUUCUAACAUUCGGAAAUUGGCAAUUGCUAGACCAGAAGAUGAAGCAUGGACUACAAUACCAAGUGAAUGGUCUGGAUUUUGUGAUUUCAUAUACUACAAGGAAAAGUUUUAUGCCAUAAAUUGGCAAGGGAAGGUGGUGUCUUGUGAUGUUGGUGCGCAUCCAAAGACUACUCUAAUCACAACGCCUGUGAGACAAAUUUAUGGACAGGUUUACUUGGUUGAAUGUUCAGGGGAGCUAUUACAGGUUGUAAGAAAAAUGAAAUUUGACAAUUAUUCUCCUGAUUACGAGACCGUAGGGUUCAAUGUUUUCAAGCUGGAUUCAUACAGCAAUUUGUGGGUUGUGAUGAAAAAUUUGGGUGACCAAUCAUUGUUUCGAGGUUACAAUACUUCUUUCUCAAUUAGCUGUGACAACUCUCGAGCGAUAAGGGUCAAGAGAGAUUGUAUUUACUUCACAGAUGACUCUCUGGAUGCACAUUGGAUGUCCAAGGAGUUUGGUGGUAGUGACAUGGGAAUCUUUCACUUGGAAGAUGGACACAUUGAGCAUCAUUACUCUGGCCAUGUUUGUUAUCCUUCAGGACACAUUUGGUUUGCUCCUAACAAAUCAUAGAUAACCUAACACAAAUGAAACUGAUUUUAUUUUGUUGACUGAAAGGAUUUAGUUAGCUUCCUGCUGAA